CAGAGGGAUCUUCCGGCGCCCGUUCGUCUCUGCCCGGCUUCCCCGCGGGGAUGCUGCGGCUGGGCUGCUGGCUGAGGCCGCUAGUGUCGGGGCGCGGGCUCCGAGCCUCUGCCCGGCUCUCCUUAAGCGCCGAGAUGCCCAAGAAAGCCGGUGCGACGAACAAGGGUAAGAGCCAGAGCAAGGAGCCAGAGAGACCACUUCCUCCCUUAGGUCCUGUGGCAGUUGAUCCUAAAGGUUGUGUCACCAUAGCCAUCCAUGCCAAACCCGGGUCCAAACAAAACGCUGUCACAGACGUGACAGCGGAAGCGGUGAGCGUGGCCAUAGCAGCCCCCCCGUCGGAAGGAGAGGCUAAUGCCGAGCUCUGUCGGUACCUUUCCAAGGUCUUGGAGCUCAGGAAGAGUGACGUGGUUUUGGAUAAGGGCGGUAAAUCUCGUGAAAAAGUGGUGAAGCUGUUAGCGUCCACAACGGCAGAGGAGAUCUUGGAGAAAUUAAAGCAGCAAGUUGAAAAACAAUAAAAGCAAGUUAUGAGAAGUACAUCCUUGAGAAGCGCUUUAAUUGCUAUUCGUGAAGAGGCUGUUCAGUAGGAAAAUAUACCUCAGCGCACUGAAGAACAUGAAAAGAAAAUUUAAGAACAGGACUCAGAAGAGAAGUAGGAAUUUUAAAAGUACUGUAUGUUCAGUGUAGGUUCUGACGUCCAAAGAGUUUGGAACACAUCAGUCCGAUUUCAUCGCAUUACACAAUGACAGAGCUGGAAGACACCUUCAGGAUGACCUGUCACCCCUCUGAUCCCGUGAUGGGGCUUCCACUCUCCAGAAUUUCAGAGACUUGUUCGGGAUCACACCACGAGGUGUGGCAGCCAGAACCACGGUCCCUUGACUCCUGGCCACAUUUUAUGCCAAUCGUAAAUGAACAGGUUUCCACAGCACCUCUAGGGUUCUGAGGAUUGCCUUGUCUGGAGUUUACAAGUGACAGAAAAAAACCUGUCAUACUGCUUUGUGGUCUGUCUUUAUAUUUUAAAAGGCUUAUCUACAUACAAAAAUGCCUUUUUUGUCUUUUGAAAACUGUGGAGUGAAAAACUAAGAGUUUUCAGGACUUGUAAUUUACUAUUAAUUAUUUUGGGGAAGUCACUGAAUUUUUGUCCUCAUUGGAGGGUGUAGUCUUCAAAUCUGGUAGUUCCUGUGAAUCUGCAAGGAGCCUUAAAAGAAGAGGGCCUGGAAGCUACUUUCCAUAUUUGUAAAAGCCCAUCAGGAAUCUCUCCUACAUUAAAGCUUCAAAAGCUAGUAAUAAAUGCCUUGUUUUUAAAUAUCCAAUGCAAAAACAGUGAUUUGGUCAGGUAAAUAACAAAUUCAUUACCUUUGCUGAUCAGAAUCAAAGCAGUUUUGUGCUUUUGUCUAAGUACCUGAGAAAAUAUAUUGGUAGACAAAAUGUUUAAAAAUACAAAAUCCCCAAGGACUACUAAUAAAAAUUAUCUUGUACAACUCUUACUCUAUUGAUAGGAACCAAGGACGAGAAGAGUCACUUGGGUUACCCAAGAGCAUAGCCAGUCCUAAUGGCGGAACAUGAGUUACGCUCAGCUGCCUUCUUCUCGAAGCCAUUGUGCCAUAUUGCCCCCAAAUGUGGUUUACUGUACCUGAUCUCAGCUUCAGAACUUUUCCCACACAUUCCAGCGUGUGUGCUAGCGGCAUUUUACUUGUGGUUCUUUUGUUUUGUUUUACAUGGAUCACUGUUAGGAUGCUUUCCUUGACAAGUAAUGGAAACCCAGCUCUGUCUGGCUUACACACGAAGGGAUUUAUUAGCCCACUACCUGGCAAGUCCAGAGGCAGGGCUGGCUUAGGGGUUAGCCUGAUGCAGCAGCUAAGUGAGUUCACAAGGACCCACUUUCUCUCCUUACCUGACUCUAACUAGCAGGGCCAGCUUCAGCCCUAAGCCCGCUUCCCUCAUGGAGGCCAAAAGGCAACAGCUCUGGGUUUCAGGACCAUAUAUCACUCCCUCCAUCAGGCAAAGAGGCCACUCACCGAGAAGAGCUCUGAUAUUUUCUAAAAGCUCUAAAGCUUCCUGCUCCUUUGUGUCUAAGGGUUUGGCGGGUGGGGGAGAGAACCGGAGAAUGUAGGUGGCACCUUUGCAAUGUUUAAAGUUCCAAGCAGCCAAAAACUCAGACUUCAGGAGGCAGGUUUUUUCUGGGCUAUGAAUUGCUAGCAUACCCCCCAUCACCUGGAAUUUGUGGUAAGGGAUUUGGUUAAGUAGUUCCUUUUAACUGUAAUACAAAAUAUAAGUUCCCAAAACACACUGUGACCCCCACUAUGGAUUUUUAAAAUGCAUGUGACUAGAGACUAAAAAUUUUAAGAAUCUAGAUUUUCAGUUUACAUCCAAGAGGUGGCACCAUAACGCAACAGCAGGAAGCCACCGGGACUCUGAAGGGACUGACGAUUCCUUUUUGAAGAGAGCAGCACUAGUAGGAGAUAUCUUCCGUAGUGCCUGACUACCAGUGUCACACGCUAAUCCUUCUUGUCUGGUCUUGGAGACAUUACUUAGGCUUAGCCCCACAUUCCUCGAGUUCGGUUCUGGCCAGAGUGUUGUGUUAACUGCUCCAUGGUGUAACCUCCUUGGCUGGGUUCUCAGAGGUCCUGGCUCAGUACCUCAGUGGAGUCAGCGUGGCCCCCAGUGUCUCCAUUGUGCAGUUUGCAGAAAUCCCCAGCUUAGUUGGUGUUUUUGAAAAUGGAAUUGGUCUGGAAAAUUGGCAAGGAAUUCAUUUCUAAACACAAUGCCAGUUUACUAAUGUGAGUGAAGAACACACCUGCCAAAUGGACUGUGUAGUGGGGGUCCCCGAGUGAGCAGCUUGUGUUGCUUCGGGAAAUCUCUUCAAGAAGCCAGUCAUCAUUUGAAGACUGCUUGGAGAGCGUGGGAUCCGAACCCAAGAAAUUAGGGGAUGGGGCAAGGGAGCUCGGACCAUCGAAGAGACUCAUCAUGUCUCAGCCCCUCUCCUGGGACAACACUGGACACUCACACUUCUUGAUACAGGAACUGCCCUUUUCAAGGUUGUGAGAAGACCACCUACUUCUGCCCGGAUAGGCUUUCCUCUGCCUCUACACUUCAGUUGAUAAGUUUUUCAGCAUUUCCUAAUCCUGUUCUGGUUGUGUGGGUCCAUCUAAUCCCUUUGAUACAGAGUCUGGGCAGAGGGAACCCCCAAACUCAGCAGCGCAAUUUACAGGCUCAGUGGUCAUUUCUACAUGAGAUGCCUCCAUGAUAUGGUUUUGCUACCACAUUGGCCUUCAAGUUGUGUCAGAGCCUUGUGUUUCUCCAGAGAUACCCUCGGGGGUUGGAGAACUGGGGCAGAGGGGGAGUGAGUCAAGUCAACAGAACUCCAAGCCUUUAGUCCUCUUCCGAAACUGUGCCGUCAGGAUGGCAGCUGCUAGGCACAUGUGCUCACUGAGCACUUGAAAGGUGGCUUACCAGAUUUCUUCUUUUUUAAACAAAAGCAUCAUGGAAAAAGGCCUCGUUGGAAACAACAGAGAAGAGGUUGAAAAUAGGGCACAAAAUUUGGAGGGCAGGAGGGAGAAAGGUGAGCAAAGAAAGGAAAAUGACAGAUCUAAAAGUCAGGCAAAGGGAAAUCAACAACAUAAUUGGGGUCCUGAAAAAGAACCCCAAAAGUGCAAGAGAACAAUGAUUUCAAGAUAUAAUCAAGAAAAUACCGGGAAAAAAAGGAUUUUAAGGAAUAAAAGGUGCAGCAUCCCAGGGCAAACACUGACAAAGCAUGGCUGACAAGGACAUAAAACCAAGUGAAGUUCUCGGAAUUCAAAAACAACGCCUGUGGCAUCUAGACAAAAAGUUGAAAUCCUAGGAAGGGAGAGGGGAGACGCAUAUGUACAUUCAUAUGUUGUCACCUGGGAAUGUGAACUGCUACAGUGUUUUGGAAAAUGUGGCACUUAACUAAAAAUAUAGGUGUUUUAACCUAAUAUUCUACGUUGGAGAAUACCUCCUAGAACACACAAAAAUAAAAAUGCCAAGGAGUAUCUGAAAAUGAGCAAAAAUGGGGAAACAUAAUCUAAACGUAUACCUACCGGAGAAUAAUCAUAUAAUCAACAGAAAAUCCAUACGUGAGAGUAUUAGACUGUUAAUUUUUAAUCUGUAAUUACUGAACUAGAGUCCUGUUUGUUACGUUGCACGAACAAAGAAUGAUAGACGUGUGUGUAUAUAUAUUUAUAUACAAUCUCACUUUAGUAAGCAAGGAAAACUAUCAAAUUUAGACAUAUUUGUGGGCAUGGUAAAAGAGCAGCGUACACAACAGGCAAUAUCGCUGGAUGAGUGCAGUGAUGAGUAGUGUUUCACUUCCUUACAGUAUUUAUUAUUUUGUAUGCACACCAAACCUAUACAGUGAAGGAAAUUUUAAAAUGAGAAAACACUCAAAUGCAAAAGCUCUGGCCUUUAGCAAUGAGAGCAGCUUUAUUUAUGUAAUUCAGACAAAGGCUGGAGAUCCGUUAGGGAGUUAAAGGCACUGACAGUGGAAAAAAACCAUGAGAUCAUCAUCACAUCAUUGCCCUGAAGCUGUCUCAAGAGAAGCCACUGAAACCCAGAGAAAAUCUAACUGGUAAUUAAUACAUGGGGCUCUGUGUGUCCCUUAGGGACAGGAAUGAAAACAGCAAAUGAAUUAGCCCGUGAGCCCAUGGAGACAUUGGGGAAAGACGUGUGAGCUGCAUUUCUUGCACCAGGCGAGCUCAGAGGCACCCCCCAGCCCACUGCACUUCCGGACACACACAGCUGACCCAGACCUGCAGCCUACCAUGUACCCAGCCCCGUGACGCACGCUUUCUGUAAAUGUUUUCACUUAAUCCUGCAAGGGGACAGUCAGAUUACACGUUAGCAGUUUUGAUGGAAGACCUGUCCUCUUACUGUCUCAUACUGUCCUGUAAAUCUUAAAAUCCGGGGGGUAUUAUCCACAACUUAUCUCCACUUCCCGUCUGAGGGCACUGGUAACCAGUUCCUCAGAUAAUGUUUCUUGGCACCUGGCAGCCUCCACAGUGGUGCAGGAGCUGAAGCUGCUUCUUCAACCCUGGCUUGUCCUGAGAGUGUCCAGCCCUAUUGAUGAGGCCCAUGCAGCCAGCCCGACCCAGGCCAUUCUCUCCCAGAACAUCCACGGGUUAAGGGAUCUCCACUACUGUCCCUAUCUUCCUCAAAACUUGGUCCUAGUAGAGGUCUAGACCUCUAGAGAGGAGGAGAUACUUGCCCAAGGCUACCUUGGAGUCCAGUGGUAUAAUCUAUUUGAAUCUAGUUGUUGAUUUGGUUCCAUAAUAAUUUAUCUGGAGCCAAGAGAAAUUUUUGUUUAGAUAGUAUAGAACACAGCAAGAAGAGUCUAUGUGAAUUCUGAAGUAGAACUCUAAAAAUUAACAUCAUAAUUCCUGCCAAUGUUGAGUAUUUACUCCUGUUGGCCUUAAUUCAUUCUAAAUUAAAAGCCAGAGGACUGUAAAAGCACACAUUUCUAAAUUUAUAUAGAGAGGAAGGAACUGAGUGACCUAUAUAAUUGGUUUUUUCACACAGAAUUAGCCCAAGUCUAUCUAGUACUUCAAAAUCCUCAUUUAUAUCUCAAAUAUGAUUCUGUGGUUAAAAUACAAGAUAUUGAAAGACAAAUCCCAAAUAAGCUUUUCGGUGAAUGAAAAGGUUUAUAUGAAUUUCAGGUUUAUAAUACCUGUUUGUCUAACGCUACCAAAGUAAGCACGUUCACAAGCCAGCUUCCCAGCUAACUGAAGUUAUUAAAUCAUACUACAAGCUGCUGUGAGCUGGGAGUCUUAUUUCCUACAUUUUCUAUGAAAACAAUAAGUUGCCUUUCACUAUAAGAAAUAGUACUAAAUAAAAGAAGUCAAAGGCCAGGGGCAUAGGUUUCCAUACACAGCCAAAUCUGUGUUUGGGUUGAAUCAAUCAGAGGGAAUGGGUCUUGGAAAAAUUUUAAGGUGUUAAAAAAACUAUCUUUAGAAACAAGAUGUGGAAUUCAGAAUUAGUAAUCUUCAGGGCAAGAGAUAAUUUCCUUCCGUUUUAGUAUUCUAAACUUAAAACUGACAUUUCACAGGGCACCUGGGUGGCUCAGUGGGUUGGGCCUCUGCCUUUGGCUCGGGUCAUGAUCUCAGAGUCCUGGGAUCGAGCCCCACGUCGGGCUCCCUGCUCAGUGGGGUGCCUGCUUCCCCCUCUUUCUCUGCUUGCCUCUCUGCCUGCUUGUGAUCUUGAUCUCUCUCUCUGUCAAAUAAAUUAAUUAAUUUUAAAAAAAACAAAACCCUGACAUUUCACUACUCAAUUCUAUCAUAAAAUUAUAGAUUUUCCUUUAGGCAAAUAAAUUACAAAGGGAAAAUUAAAAUUAAAUCCUGUCCGUUGAGCAUUAUAAGGAAUGCAGCUUUGAAAACCCAAACCAUGCUAGAAAUCUCACCAGAUGGCUUUUUUUCCGAUCUGGUUUCAAGAGUUCCAACUGUCCUCAGAACCGUGACCCAUGGUUAUGAGUACUCUGGAUAACCUCAAAUCCUAGCACUCAAGAAAGAAAGAAAAAACAAACACACGAAAAAAAUCCUCUAGCUCAAGUCUCUAGCAAGCUGGUCUCAAAAGGAUGUUAAUCUGGUAUGUUUCCAUAAUCAGCAUUUGACAUUUUAAAAUGUGUCAAUUUCAAACAGCAAAUGCUAAUUUUAGCUCAAUAUUUAUAUAAAUUUUCUUUGAUAUUUGAAAUUUGUUCUAUUCUGAAGGACAGAAUUUCUUUUUCUAAUUCAUAUAUUAAUUCACGUAAGAAUGACAAAUCUUUACUCUCAAUAAAUUUCCUGCUCUACCUUAUCUUCUGUCAGUUACUCUAUACCCUUUAAAUCAACACUGUGCUUUAUAAUUUACCAAAUACUUCCCUCCCAUUGACUCUGCAAAUGUUUAUGCAGCACCAGUUACGUGCCAGUGGGAGUUAAUGGUCCGAAGCCCUAGUUUCUAUCUUAAGCUCUUGUAUGUUUGGUCACUUUUUUUAUGAUGACCCUGUGAAGAGGGGCAGGGUAUUUUCCUCAUUUUUACAGGUGAGCACAUAAGCUCCAUGCUUAACCGAUUUUUCUCAAGGUCCUCUACCUGGUAAGAACAGGACUGGAAGUCACGGCUCCUUACGCUUAAUGCUAUAGGCUAUUACAACAGACUAUUUGAGAUUAAUUCCAUUUAACACUAUUUUAAUUCUUUCUUCAGAUCAUUCUCUGAAUUAUCCUUAAAUUUUUUAACGUUAUUUUCUGUCUCUCCCACAUGAAGCAGAAACCAUGACUUUCAUUUCCUCUCCGUUUUUUGUUUUUGUUUUAAAGAUUUUUAUUUAUUUAUUUGACAGAGAUUACAAGUAGGCAGAGAGGCAGGCAGAGAGAGCGAGCCCGGGGGCGGGGGGGAAGCAGACUCUCCGCUGAGCAGAGAGCCUGAUGUGGGGCUCAAUCCCAGGACCCUGGGAUCAUGACCUGAGCCGAAGGCAGAGGCUUUAACCCACUGAGCUACCCAGGCAUCCCUCCUCUCCGUUUUAAGCAUAAAGGGGAGUCUAAUGGUGACUGUUUAAAAAAAAAAAAAACAAAGACGAACCACUACCACCACAUGGGCUGUUUAUGCAGAAUACAGAAAUAAUUCAUGUUAAAAGGACUCAUCGUAUUUUCCAGCAGGCAGGGCUGAUACUUAGGCCAUCUGUGAAUAUUUCAAUACUAUUGGAAAAUAACCUUUCCUUAGAGACCCAUCCCUCACUCCAAGCCCUGCCCCGUGGGCCCAUAGGUCCCGGUAAGUAGUGCCAGCAGCCGGCACAGCAGACAGCCCAGCCCUCAGGGUCCUGCUCUAAAGCUGCGGCCGCUGCCACCCCAGUGAGUCAGUGCCUGUGCUUUGUCACUUGAUGGGUAGUUUUAAUAACCCACCCGCCUGCAGAGAAGAUCGUGGUGUGCAGUGAGGCCAUUCUGGACUGUCUAGGCUACAUAUCUGCAGUAUCCAGAAAGAGAUCUAACAGCACUGUGCCUACUGAUGUAAUCAGAGGGGUAUAGGGAAAACCCUUAUCUUACUGUUAAAAUUUUAUUUACAUCUCAGUGUGAAGACCUGAUUUAUUAGAUCCUUUCCAAUCAAAGAGUUACCUGAAAGGACGGCUCUCUUCAUGAAGGGGAAGUAGAGGGGAGUUGGGUCCAGAGCAUGGAGAAGUAGUGCCUGGAGAAGUCAACCUCAAGGGCCCAGAGUGCAGUGCUAAGAGAGAAGGCAGCGGAAGGCAGGUUUGGGGAGUUGCCUUUAUACUCCUUUUCCCUAUGAUGAAGCUUCUACUCUUAAUAUUACUCUUAAGCCAAAUAAGCCUUUCCAACAGAUAUAAAGGAAACAGCAAUAAAAAACGAAAGGGUUCAUCACAUUAAUGAAUGGUCUAACUGCAAAACUUGAGAAAUUGCUUAAUCUUGUAAGUACUUUAUUUGAAUGAAAGCAUUGAAAUGGCCAUUAAAAUGAUCUGGAAUAUACUGAUCGGUCUGAGAGGAAGUUCUGGCAUCACGGUAUUUGUACGAGAGGAAGCAGCGAAGAUGCACAUUUGGAAGUGAAUGAGAGGAAGCAGCGAAGAUGCACAUUUGGAAGUGAAUAUAACAUUGUACGAUCAAUUCAUAUAAGUACAUAAAAGUACGUAGUCGGAAUGCAGCAUUAUAUACACACUACUGAAAAGGAAAGGAGAACAUUUACAGAGUUAAACUUCUUUUAGAACAUGUGAAUUUUGAUCUGCUUUAACUUAGCAAAAAGCCUCACAGUUUGUAACAAAAUGACUGUGUGCCCCAAUCUCACCCACCAGUAGAUCAAGACACUGAAACAGAGAAUGUUCCCUUCCCCAGUUGAAGGUUUUAUUUCUGACAUCCUCAAAAAAGGGACCAAAGCGGUUGUGGACAUCACUCUUACCUGGAGUAAUGAUAAAAAGUACCACAGUCACAACAACGAAAGCCAAAAAGAAGCAUCUACAGUCGUUUUACCUUCAACUGCUGAUGCCAUGUACAACACAUUACAAGUGUGCAUAGUUGUGCGUUCGGGAGUUGACUGUACUAACCGCUGUAAAAAUUUGGGAAUGAGAAAAUCUGAGUAUAUGGAUACUUCCUUAUCUUACAAAGUAAAAUCAAGCAUUUUCCACUUUAUAAUUUUUAUUUCUCUGUAAAACAAAGAACUCCUGGAGGUCAAACAAGGGACACAGACACCAAUUUCAAAGCACUAUUAAGUCAUGAAACAAAGAAGAAUCUGAGGUAGAAGUCAGGCAAUGGAAUCCACAACCUUUUUAGGGGAAUACUGAACCAGCACAUCUCUAGUAAGAUCUUUUUUUUUUUUUUUUUUUUU